ACAUAUGGCACUCAAAGAGCGGUAGUUCUUAUUACCAAACUGACGGGUUACGUGAUGUGAUUUGUGUAUUGUGAUGUAGGCCCAAGAAACUGCUGGAAGGAAGUUCAAGCUUCUACACAAGUGAACAGAAAACAGCCAUGAUCGUGACUUCGCUUCUUGUUUUCAUUACAGCUGUGGUCCGUACAUCGUCUCACUGGCACACCAAGGGCGAGUUUAUCUGUCUCGAAGCGGCAAAGAACAUUACCUACGAUCCUUUGUGUGCAUCAAACAACCAAACUUUCCAGAACUUUGUAGCGUUUCAGUGUUUCAUACGAUAUUUUGAUGUGCAUGGGUUAUCAGUACGACACGGGGCGUGCUCCACGAAUCCAGAACCGGAUCACUGCGUCUUAUCGUUCGUCGUGUGGCGUCCAGUUUGUGGUUCGGACAACGUCACGUACAGCAGCGUAUGGGAAAUGAUGUGUGAGGCACAGCGACUACGCAUGUGGAACAGUGUCCAGUACGAAGGGCUCUGUAGGGCCCAGUGCACCGUGUCCCUCGCGUAUAAACCAGUAUGCAGUUCGGAAAAUGUAGUUUACGCCAACAUGGAAGCUUUGAAAUGUUCUGCAAUGAGAAAUCCGGAAAGAAACAUUACUCUAAAAAAGCAAGGCCCAUGUUGGAAUGCAGACUUAAUUACAUCCAUUUGCCAGCCACCAAGAAACAGUCGAUACAAAGGGCCGACGAAUCCUGUUUGUGCAAAUAAUGGUGUCACUUACGAACACUACAACUCGCUAGCAUGCCUGCGAAUCUACAACCAUGAUUUACGCAUUCUACAUGACGGACCUUGCAAGUAUAGAGACAUCGUCCUUCCAAGAGAUGUAAAACAAACAUGUCACCUAGCGGAUAAUAACGCAAUUAUGAUGCCUGUUUGCGGUUCAAAUAAUAUAACGUACCCCAAUCCGUUUGUUCUAAAGUGUGCAAAAGAAAGAGGAGUGGUGUCCGGAGAUGUAAAGGUUCGGCAUGAGGGAAAUUGUAGGAAAGAUUUAGAGGAAGAAGAGGUAGUACAGAAACAGUACGAUCCGUGCCAGGAGAAGCAAAAUGCCAUCGCGUCCCUAAAUAGGACAGACCAGCCUCUGUUCUGCGCGUCUGACGGCAUAUCCUAUUAUUCAUCUAAAAACUACGCAUGCGCUGUGAAGACCAACGGCGGCUGGUUCCAAUAUACCAUUAUUCGAAUAGGAGUCCCAUGUCAUCGGAGCGACAGUCCGUGUGAAAAACUGCAAGUUCUGCCCGAGGCUCUGGUAGCGGAUCCCAUCUGUGGGAGUGAUGGUGUCAGCUAUGCUAACCCGCUUUCGCUCAUGUGUGCAAUGAUGGCUGAUCAAAAGCUGAAAAAACACCACAAGGGCGAAUGCAUUACACCUUGAGCGUAAAAAGAUAAGAAGACUUCAUUAGGAUACUCAUUUACAUAAGUGAUGCAGUGUAAUUUAAAACUUUGAUGUAUUCUCUUUGGCGAGAAAAGGGAAAGAUCUACUUUCAAUGUCA